AACAUCGCAAACACCAGGCACAGCGCGGGGAGGGGGCGUAGAGGUCCCGGUCAAUGACGAGUUACGCUCCCGGGCUGGAGACAGACAUUCGGGUGCCGAGGGUCGCCGGCAGCAGGGAAGCAGCGCACGAAGCGGCGGCGGCGGCAGAAGCAGCUCACUUCCUGGGCACUCGUAAGUUCGACCGGUAGAUCCUCCGCGUUCCGCUAAGGAAGGCAGGCAGGCAGCGCUUCACCUGCCACUUUCUCUUCCUUCCUUUCCAGACCGGAGGGACCGAGGACUCCGUGCCUGCGAUCUCAGGCUGGAUGCGCACGAGAAGGCAGCCAUCGGGAGCCUCGGCUUCGUUUUUUUUUUAAAGUUGCGUCCAGGGAGAUCGGCGUUAUCAUUCCGAAGUCCGGAGAAACCCGGCCUCGCUUCGCCACCCAGACGAGAAGAUCCACUGGCCACGCCUCGACCCGCUACGGAUGUCCCUCUGAAAUGAGCCAGGUGGCAAGGAGGAAGGGCGUGGGAAGCCCCGGGCGCGGCGAACGGCCGGCCGCGGCUGGAAGGCAGCGAAGUAGCGAGUAAACAGAGGGCGCCAGGCCCCGGGCUCGCCGAACUCGCCCCGGUCGCUCUCCUUUCGGCAGCCUCGUCCAUUUCGGCGGAGAUGAGCGGCUGGGCAGGGCUGGCCGGGCUCCUCCUGGCCGUGGCUGGAGCUCAGAAACAGCUGCUGCAGCCGCCGAGGGCGCCGCCGAGUAGCCUUCGUCCUGCCGCCGCGGAACACGCCGCUCAGUUCGACCACGUCUUCAACGGGACGGUCAACCGAGGCACAGAGCGGCUGUACUCGUUCAACUACACCAGUAAGGCGGGCCAGGCGGAUGCCCUCCGUGUUACCGUGAAAAGUGACUCUGAAGAUGAUCAGUACCCUGUCUUGUUUGUAGUUCGACAGCAAAAGGGGGUGCUGUCCUGGCAGCUCCCUCUCAUUUUUCAUGGGCUCUACCAAAGAAGUUACAACUACACAGAAGUCAGCCGUACCCUCUGCCCUUCUGAGUCUGUACCUGAGAAUGGAUCUUCCGAGCAAAUCGUAUUUAUCAAUGUAGCUUCCAUGGCUCCUUAUAAUGCCCACUAUCAGCUGCAAGUUACCAAGAUUAAGAACUUCCAACUUAGCAUGGACACUACUUUUAAAUUCACUGCCAGCCCCUCUCAGCCACAGUACUUUUUGUACCAGUUCCCUCCUGAUGUGGAUUCUGUCAUUGUCAGAGUGCUUUCUAAGACAAUCUAUCCCUGCUCUGUGGUCUCCAUCCAAGAUAUUCUGUGUCCAGUUUAUGAUUUGGAUUAUAAUGUGGAAUUUAAUGGAGUUUACCAAUCCAUGACAAAGCAGGCAGCCCUCACUGUGCAGAAAAAGGACUUCCCAAGCAAACAGUUUUUUGUUGUAUUUGUCAUAAAGCCAGAGGACUAUACCUGUGGUGGUUCAAGGCCACCCUCCAUUCAAGGAAAGACUAACUACACAUGGAACCUUCAACGAAUGAAGCAUCUUGAAGUGACAGUGUUACCUUCAGUUAAAGGUACUGUUUAUAUAUAUGCCAUCCUUUUCAGUUUUCUGGUUUUCUUCUCCUUCUAUCUGGGUGCACUAGUGGUUGGAUUUGUGCAGUACAUCAGAUUUCGUAGGAAAACAUCAAUAGGAGGACUUGAUGAUGGUCCUGGGACUAUGGCUUCUUCUCAUCCUAUCACUGCCAGCACCCCUGAAGGAAGCAGCUAUGGAGCUAUAGAUGAAUCAAGCUCCAGUGGAGGUCAAGAAUUAUCAACUCUAGAUCGUAGACCUCCUUGCGGCAGUGAUACAGACAGCUCAGUGGAAGAGGAGAGUGAUUUUGACACUAUGCCUGAAAUUGAAAGCAACAAAAAUGUAAUCCGCACUAAGAUGUUCCUUUAUCUGUCAGAUCUAUCGAGAAAGGAUCGGAGAAUUGUCAGCAAAAAGUAUAAAAUUUAUUUCUGGAACAUCAUCACAAUUGCUGUUUUCUAUGCCUUACCUGUGGUCCAGUUGGUGAUCACAUACCAAACGGUGGUGAAUGUGACUGGAAAUCAGGACAUCUGCUAUUAUAACUUCCUUUGUGCUCAUCCGCUGGGAGUCCUGAGUGCUUUCAACAACAUCCUGAGCAACAUUGGCCACAUGCUGCUGGGUGUCCUUUUCCUGUUGAUUGUGUUGUGCAGAGACCUUCUCCAUCGGCGUUCCUUGGAAAUAAAAGACACCUGUGCAACGGAAUAUGGGAUCCCUAAGCAUUUUGGCCUCUUCUAUGCUAUGGGUGUCGCUUUAAUGAUGGAAGGUGUCCUCAGUGCUUGCUACCACGUCUGUCCAAACUACACUAAUUUCCAAUUUGACACCUCUUUCAUGUAUAUGAUUGCAGGAUUGUGCAUGCUAAAACUAUAUCAGACUCGCCACCCUGACAUCAACGCCAGUGCUUACUCAGCCUAUGCAUCCUUUGCAGCGGUUAUCUGCCUUGCUGUACUUGGAGUGGUUUUUGGGAAAAAUGUGUGGUUUUGGGUCCUCUUCUCCAUCAUCCAUGUUGUGGCCUCUCUUGGCCUUAGCACCCAGAUUUACUACAUGGGUCGUUUUAAGAUAGACCUUGGGAUUUUUCGACGUAUAGCUAUAGUAUUGUACACAGAUUACAUACAACAAUGCAGCCGACCCAUGUACAUCGACAGAAUGAUUUUGCUUGUUGUUGGGAACCUGGUUAAUUGGUCUUUUGCAAUUUUUGGAUUAGUAUAUCGGCCAAGGGAUUUUGCUUCUUACAUGCUGGGCAUUUUUAUCUGCAAUCUUUUGCUAUAUCUUGCCUUCUACGUCAUCAUGAAGCUCCGCAGUUCAGAGAAGCUAUUGCCUUUCCCCCUCUUUUGUAUUGUGGCCACAGCUGUGGUUUGGGCUGCAGCUCUUUAUUUCUUUUUCCAGAACCCCAGUAGCUGGGAGGAAACUCCAGCACAGUCUCGUGAAAAAAACCGACCAUGUAUCCUUCUGGGAUUCUUUGAUGACCAUGAUAUCUGGCAUUUCCUCUCAGCUGCUGCCUUGUUCUUUUCAUUCUUGGGCCUGCUGACCCUGGACGAUGACUUGGAUUACGUGCCAAGGAACAAGAUUCCUGUCUUUUGAGCUACAGGAUAAGAAAAGUGUUUCAUGCUUCUCAGUGAAAUUUGCUAUGUGGAGCAGUCAGAACAGAGCACCAAGUCCACAUUGGAAAAAACUUUCUUGGAAACAAUUCCCAUAUAGAAAAAACUGCAAAAAUCAUGUUCUCAGCAUCAGCUGGAUCAGAUCUAUAGUAUAAUAAUGCAUUAUAUUGAGACUAAUGAAGCUGGGGUGUUCGUAGACUCUCUGAGACCAUUCUUCAGUUUCUUAUAAUGUGGUUUAUUCCCAGCAUUGUAGUUUCUGAGUUUGAAAUUUACCAAAUGCACACGGAAUGAUUGCCCUUUUGGCUACAGUGGAACCUUGGUAUUCAAUUGCUUUGAAACUCAUUGAAUUUGGUACUCAAUACAUUUUGACACAUUUUUUUUUGUCGCAGAACUCAUGUUUGUUUGGUACUCGAUGCACAAGCUAGAAUUUGUUGGGGUCAUUUGCUUUGUGACUCAUAUAUUAUUCAUUAUGGAAGAAAUUUGGUACUCAUUGUGUUUGGUACUUAUCAUGUAUUUGGUACUCAUUGUGUUUGGUACUUAUGUGUUUGGUACUCAUUUUGUUCGGUCCUGGAACCAAUUAAUGAUGACUAUAAAGGUUCCACUGUACUUACGUUCUGUUGCUUGAUUAGCCAGAAUUUCUUUAUGCAAUACUGAAAUAUUGCAGAGAUCCUUAUGUAAAACAUUUUGCAACUGUUGCAUUUACUACAUAAAAUGAUAGUAACUCAUUCUUUUUGUACUGGAAGACACAUUGGAGAGUAAUACCAUUCCUUUUCUUCCUACAGUACUUUAGACAAUGUGAAUAGUGCAACCCGCCCCCUUUUCUUUGUACAAAACAGACUUUCCCUGCUCAGCUGGAAGGUGCUUUUCCUCUCCAUGAGAUUGUCAUAUGCAUUAUUUCUUUUAAUUUAUGUUUGGUUCUCCAACAGGUAAUCCAGAUGCAGUAUUACAAUGCUACUUACUCUUGCUAGUCAUCUACCACUAUAACUAGUAGUGAAUUACUUUCUGAUAAUCUACAGUCUCUUAUUUGCUGUUCAUUUAAGAUCGUGCAAAAUAACUGUUAUGUGGGUAAAACAGAAAAAAUCCAAUUGUCUACCCUAUUGCUUAAUCCCAGAAUUAUAUUCAGGGGAUGCUGUGUAGAUGUUUGUGCCAUGCUUUGCUAAAUUUAAAUUAAAGCAUGUCUCAGUAUUAUCAACCUGAAUUACUUAAAGAUGUUUGUUAACCUUUAAGUAUAUUUAGACUUUCUCUUAAUGAUGGUUUGGCAGCUAAUGACAGCUCAAUUGUCUUAUCAAUUCACUUUGGUUUAAAAAAAUACUAAACACUAGAAUUCUGCAUCUGCUUUUCUCUAGGUUAAACCUGCUGUAUAUUUAAAGGAAAUCUAAGAACAAAGGAGACUUUUUUUCCAUCCAGAGGUCUUUUAUGCAUGCCUGGGUGGUGUUUUGCAUCAGAUUCCAAAAGGGUGCGAGAGUGUGCAGGAGUCCUAAUGUAGCACUUCAGCAAAAGAACCGUAUCUUUUCCAAUGCAUGCUUUGGGCCAGUGCUUUUCAAACUUUGACAACUUUAAAAUGCUUCAACUUCAACUCCCAGAAUUCCCAGUUAGCACCUUAAAGUUGCCACAUUUGAAAAACCGUGUUCUGGGUCUCUUUUUGGAAUCAAGCCAAAGCAUUACACAGCCUAAAUACACUGUACUCCAAAUCACAUUGUCUAAAAAUGUAGCAUCCCCAAAUGUCUUUUCCUAUCCCUAAGCAACUUGCUGAUGAAUAGAUCUGAAAACUAUCAGCAAGCUACUGUCUUUGCAUAGUAAUCAAAGCAAUGCUCUGAACCACUAUUGACAACAUUCUAUGUUGUGUCCAAGAAUCAGUCUGGCUUAUUUUGAAGUUCUUGCUAUGGCUGAGCAGGUGGACAAAUGAAAUUGGAACAAAUUAGUGGGAAACCACAGACAGAAUUGCUGGACUUUUUAGUUGUUUACCUUCUUAAAAAUUACAGUCUUAAAUUUUGGGUAUUUAAAUGUAAGAUAAUUGGUUUGCUUUUUGUUUUUCCUGCAGGGGAAGAAU